UAUAAACUAAAUAUCACAUUUAGUGCGUACUUCUACAGUAAUUUUAAGUGUUUGCAGUCAUUGGUAACACGCUAAAAUGAAAUUCGUCUUGGUGUUAUUGCUUGGAAUGUUAUGCUACGCAAGUCUAAUAGAAGGCGAAAGUGAAAGCGAAGGUGGAGAUAAAGAAGACAAAGAAAAAGAAGAGGAAAGCGAAGGUGGAGAUAAAGAAGACAAAGAAAAAGAAGAGGAAAGCGAAGGUGGAGAUAAAGAAGACAAAGAAAAAGAAGAGGAAAGCGAAAGUAAUGAUGGAGAAGUAAGCGAAGGUGGAGAAAAAGAAGGGAAAAGCGAAGGUAAUAAUGCAGAAGAAAGCCAAGGGGGAGAAGGCGAAAGUAAUGAUAAAGAAAAAGAAAGCGACGAAGAUGAAAAUGAAGCAGAGGAAAGCGAAAGUUAAAUAAAAUACAACAGAAAGCACAGAUGUGGUUAUAAUAACUGGAUAGAGAAAAGAUAGAGAAGAGGGCGAAAUGAGGGCGAAGGAAGUGAAAAAAGAAAUACAUGUUUUAUCAGAGAAAUGCAAAAUAUAGUUA